GCGCUUGUCGGUGUGACGACUGAUAUAAACCCAUGUACAUGUGGUAGGCCUAUACUUGAAUAUGCCAACGAUUUCGGAAUAUUUGUAAGUUUUGUUUAUGGGGAGGCACGUACAUGAACAACACAAUGACAUCAUACGCCCUCGAACCUCUUCAUUCUCGCCAAGACUUGAUUGAAGACACUGUAAGACUCCUCAAAGACGAGUGGCCAAUGUGCUUGGCCGAAAGACUGAAAUCGGUUGAAACGUCGAAAUGCACAGGUCUGCCCUGCUCACUGGUAUUGAUUGAAACACGAGAGGGCGCUACAAGCGAAGUUCUUGGCCACGUUCGACUCGUACCAGUCCAUCCAGAAAGUGAAUGUCGUGUGUAUCUCGAGUCAGUGGCAAUCAAGAAGAAUAGACAAAAGCAAGGACUUGGCAGGAAAAUCCAUGAAAUGACAGAAGACUACGCUAAGAACCGCCUUGGAAGUCGGUACCUCCAUGCCACUGUCCUUACUGAAAGCAACGAGAUGUUUUAUCGACGUCUUGGGUUUGAAGACUGCCCAGAAACGACUCUUAUCGCAGCUAAUGUCUUGCGUACUUUCGUCUAUACGACGUGGGAAGGCCACAUAAUUCCCGAUGAGUGGAAAUCCAUGUACGAAGGAGGCGAAUCGCUCACCAAGGAAGAGGACGACAAAAUCUGGCAUCGUUUUUAUGCAAAGGAUCUGUACAGAGCAUGAAGAAUUAACA